AUCCACGGCCCCGGAGCUAAGUGACGACCGGCGGUAUGAUUUCUUCUCCCGGGUGGUCCCUCCGGACAGCUUCCAGGCCCAGGCCAUGGUGGACAUCAUCAAGGCCAUGGGCUGGAACUACGUCUCCACUGUGGCCUCGGAGGGCAGCUACGGGGAGAAGGGAGUGGACGCCUUCAUGCAGCUCUCCAGAGAAGCAGGUGGAAUCUGCAUCGCUCAGUCCCUGAAGAUCCCUCACGACCACAAACCCUCCGACUUCGAUAAAAUCAUCCGCCUGCUGCUGGACACUCGAUACGCCAGAGCGGUCGUCCUGUUCGCCUCCGAUGAGGAUAUCAGGGGGAUCCUGAAUGCCAGUAAACGAGCGGAUCAGGUGGGUAACUUCCUGUGGAUCGGCUCCGACAGCUGGGGAGCGAAGAACAGUCCCAUCCACCAGCUGGAGGACGCGGCUGUAGGGGCCGUCACCAUCCUGCCCAAGAGGGCCACCAUCAGCGGGUUCGAUGCGUACUUCACGUCACGGACUCUGGAGAACAACAGGAGGAACGUGUGGUUCGCUGAGUACUGGGAGGAGAACUUCAACUGCAAACUCAUGAGCUCCUACAAGAAAGACGAGAGCAGCAGGAAGUGCACAGGUCAGGAGCGGAUCAGCAUUGAUUCUAAGUACGAGCAGGAGGGGAAGGUGCAGUUUGUGAUCGACGCGGUGUACGCCAUGGCCCACGCCCUCCACAACAUGCAGAGAGACUUCUGUCCGGAGAACUCCGGCAUCUGCCCCGAGAUGGACCUGGCUGGAGGCAAGAAACUGCUCAAGUACAUCCGCAGCGUCAGCUUUAACGGAAGUGCUGGAACUUCGGUGACGUUUAACCGUAACGGCGACGCCCCCGGACGCUACGACCUGUUUCAGUACCAGUGGAGCAACGUGAGCGGGCCGGGGUACCGAGUGAUCGGUCAGUGGACCGAGUCCCUGCAGCUCAAUAUCGAGGACAUGCAGUGGCCUCGAGGGGAGCAGGACAUCCCCAGCUCUGUGUGCAGCCUUCCCUGUAAAACUGGUCAGAGGAAGAAGGUGGUGAAAGGCAUGCCCUGCUGCUGGCACUGCGAGCCCUGCGACGGCUACCAGUACCAGUACGACGAGUUCACCUGCAAACUCUGCUCCUACAGCAUGAGCCCCAAUGCCAACCGCACAGCAUGCCAGCCUAUCCCCAUCAUUAAACUGGAAUGGCACUCCCCCUGGGCGGUGAUUCCAGUUUUCCUGGCAAUGAUCGGGAUCUCCGCCACCAUCUUCGUCAUGGCUACAUUCAUACGGUACAACAACACGCCGAUUGUCCGCGCGUCCGGCAGGGAGCUGAGCUACGUCCUCCUGACUGGGAUAUUUUUAUGUUAUAUCAUCACUUUCCUCAUGAUCGCCAAGCCAGAUGUUGGCGUGUGCUCCUUCAGAAGGAUUUUCCUUGGUCUGGGUAUGUGCAUCAGCUACGCCGCCCUGCUCACCAAAACCAACCGCAUAUACCGCAUCUUCGAGCAGGGCAAGAAGACGGUGACUGCCCCCAGGCUGAUCAGCCCCACCUCGCAGCUGGCCAUCACCUCCAGCCUCAUUUCAGUGCAGCUGCUGGGGGUGUUCAUCUGGUUCGUGGUGGAUCCGCCCAACACCAUCGUAGACUAUGACGAGCAGAAGACCUUCAACCCAUUUCUGGCACGAGGGGUGUUGAAAUGUGACAUCACGGAUCUUCAGAUUAUCUGUUCGUUGGGUUACAGCAUCCUGUUGAUGGUGACCUGUACUGUUUACGCUAUAAAGACCCGCGGGGUCCCCGAGAAUUUUAAUGAGGCCAAGCCCAUCGGGUUUACCAUGUACACCACCUGCAUCGUAUGGCUGGCUUUUAUACCCAUCUUCUUCGGCACUGCACAGUCUGCAGAAAAGCUGUACAUCCAGACGACCACACUGACCAUCUCCAUGAACCUGAGUGCGUCCGUGGCCCUCGGGAUGCUCUACAUGCCCAAAGUCUACGUCAUCAUCUUCCACCCGGAACUCAACGUGCAGAAGAGGAAACGCUCCUUCAAAGCCGUCGUCACAGCCGCCACCAUGUCGUCCCGACUCUCCCACAAGGCCAACGACAGACCCAACGGGGAGGCCAAGACGGAGCUGUGUGAGAAUGUGGACCCCAACAGUCCAGCAGCGAAGAAGAAAUUCGUGAGCUACAAUGACCACGAGAUCUGACGGCCUCCGAGCGAGAGACUGGAGAGAUCGUUGGAGAUGUUUGGUCUCCUGCCCUGCUGGCUAAAAACAAGAAGGAGAGAAGGAUGUUUUCUUUGUUGUUGUUUAGUUUUUUGGUCCCAUGUGCUUCAUUGCUCACCACAGACUUUCAGAUGGUGAAGUGACUUUGCUGUGGACAAACUUUGAGCACACACACACACACUCACUUGGUCCAAGAGGAAGCAAGGAAGCAAAGAAGGCGAAGACGUGUUAAAAAAAGACGCGAGGAUGUAAAAAAGAAAUCCAGCAUCUUUCUGUCGGUGAUGAUGGUUCUGAGAGGCAACAUGGCGGACAUCUCACGGGGCUCCAUGUCGGUUCUCUCUCUGCUGGUGAUGUCAAACGAAGCCGCCGCCGCCGCCGCCGCCGCCGCGGCCUGACGUGACCUUUCCACCUCGUCUUUUAAUGUACUACCAAACUGCAAGUUUCCCGACCUACCUGUCCUCCUGUGGUUCUCUAUGGCUUAUGUGUUCCUUUGGUUAUUGCUUUUAUUCAGUUUCAUUAUUACUUUAAAGGCGAAUGAUGGUUCUGAUGAUGAAUUUAUUUUGCUCUUUGCCCUCUUGGAUGCACAUUGUUUUUAUUAAAGCCAUAUUCUUCGCUUUAAGAUUUAAGGGCUUUGCUCGCGCUGCCACCAGGAAUCUGAUUGUUGCCACUAAAGCGUCUCGAAAGACCCUGAAAACAUGUGAAUCACCUUGGUACUGCGAGUGACAGCAACACUUUACAUCUCAGCAGGCAACAUAAAGUGUCAUUUAGAGAUUCAGGAAGACAGAAAUGUCUUAUUAGCUUUAGCUUCUAUUUGGAGGGAAAUCAUGCUCUAAGUUUUGAACAGCAGUUCCCAUAAUGCUUUGAGGUAUGUAAGCAGGAAGUGUAAUGGGCGCAUGGAUAUUAGUUUCUAUGUAGUCGAGGUUUCUCCAGUAAAAGUGAGCGCAAUGAUCUGUGAUCAGGUCUGCAGCCUCGUUUUACUCUGAAGUGGACGAUCGGAGAUAAUGACGUGACUGAAGUGCAGGUUACACUCAAUCUAGAAACAUGUGCAUCAUGUGUGUGUUCACAUUUCUCUGAGUUAUGACUUAAGGUACAGGAAACUCUAAAUUGGGAAUGUGUGUGUUUAAAGCUGUUGAUUGUGUUUGUCGUCUUGCCAUCAGCUUGUUUGUACAAUGUGUUCUAUGUUGACUUUUCAAGAUAAUUUGUAUCGUCUUUAUUAUCCGGUUCAGACGUCGUGUUUAAGCACGUUUGUUUCGUCUAAAUCAAGUUUCCUGUAACUUAAACACACAAUCUGUAGUUUUCUCCCACUACGAGUUUGGUGUGGUGGUUCAACAGCGGUGCAUCAUGGGAGUUCUUCUCUCCUCUGAUUCAAAGGUGAAACAUCAGAGUUUCUCCUGCACGCCGUUUGGCGUUUGCUGAUGUAGAGACACUAAGACUUAGAAACGUGUUUUUAGGGGCUUUAAAUAUGUACGAGGAGGAAUGUGCAUGUGAUUAAUUAUGUGACUUGGAGAUCUGACGCCUCCCGUUUCUCACGUCAGAGUUUUACUUCCUGUUCAGAGGCUUCAUUGUACGUGAAGUGAAGGUUGUUAUCUUCACUUCACUCGUCUGACGUGGUAAAAAUCAGAUUCCUCAGUGGGACACAAAGCCAAAAAAAAA